AUGGCAGAAGUGGCCGGCGGCGGCCCCUCGCUCCCCGAGGAUCUCCUUAUCUGGGAGAUCCUGACGCGUCUGCCGGUGAAGCCCCUGCUCCGGUGCCGCGCCGUCUGCCGCUCCUGGCGCCGCCGACUCACCUCCGACGCCAAAUUCCUCCUCGCCCACCACCGUCGCCAGGCCUCGCUCCCGCUCCUCACCUCCUGGGACGAGGACACGCAUGAGAGAAGGAUCGACGUCCUGGACCACCGCACCGGCGAGCGGCACCCCGUCGGGCGGACGACGGGCCGGACCGCCGCCUCCGAGGACGACUUCCAGGACGACCUCCACGUGUUCGCUUCCUGCGACGGCCUCAUCGUCCUCCAUGCCUACGGCGGCCUCGAGAUCUGCAACCCGGCGACCCGCCAGCGCGCGCCCCUCACGCGGCUCCACGGCGCCGCCUGCAUCUCCGCGCUUUACCCUCACCGCCCAUCCGGGUCGUACCGAGUGCUGUGCUGCUUCAAGAGAGCCGAGGACGGCCACGCCGUGUACCACGUGCACACUGUCGGGUCCGGCGAGCUCAGGUGCGUCGGAGAGCCUCCCGGGCCGUGGGCGUCCGGGGAUCUCGCGAUGGCGGUGUCGAUGAUGGGGUUCCUUGACCCGCCCGUCCUGGCAGACGGCAGGAUCUACUGGCACCCGUUGAAGCUGCCCGGCGGCAACGCCGGCAACGGCAAGGGAAAGGUCAACAACAUGCUGGUGUUCGACACCAUGUCCGAGUCCUUCCAGCAUUUGCUGUCGCCCGUCGAUGGCCCCUUCCUUGAGCUGUUUGAGAUGAACAACGGCGCCCUUGGAUUGUACCACUACCGUGGCAGCUCGACCGAUCUUUGGGUGCUAAAGGAUCACCGGAGCUGGUCCUGGUCGUUGAACACCCGGAUCAAAUUGGACGUGCUGUUUUUCUCUCUGCUGCCGGUAAUGGACCCAGAAGGAGAUGUGCUCGUCCUUUCUGACAGAGGGGAAUCAGGCAUCCUGUGGCAAUAUCUGCAUCACAUUUCUGGUGCCAAUGGCAGUUUGUUGGCACUGUAUAAAUGGAGCGCUUAUCUAAGGCUUACCAGGCAGAGGUUGAAAGCAAGCCUUGUCCGCCAUGACUUCUUCUGGAUGGAAGGUAAUGCUGGUAGUAUGGAUGAAAAACCAUUGUUCGAUGGCUUGUCAACUGUGGUGGUGCUUCGUGAUGAUAAUUCUGAGUCAUCUCAGCAGGAUGGAGUCACUCAUGAUUCUGAACUGUCUAGAAAUAACAGCACUGCAGAUUAG